GAUUGGUAAUCUACCCAGCAUGGGUUGGAACCUUGGCUAUGUCUCAGACUUCAGAUGUUUCUUCGACUCGCUGAUCGACGUGCGCUUCAUCGCUUACUGCAAUGUCGUCUUUCUCACUCCGUCCUUUGGUUUGAUGCUCAUUCUGUACGGGGCUAUCGUCUACAACGUUUGCCUUGACCAACGAGAUCAGAUAAGACCCGUUGAGAUGCGCACGGAGAGGCACGUUGACAAUGUCACGUGGCAGCGCGAAUUAAAAACAACACAAAUGUUCGCCAUUAUCUCGCUCGUCUUCCUGGUGCUCUGGUAUCCCCUCUUCCUUCUUUACACCAUCGAAGCCUUCAGCACGUCAGUGCGCCUCUCGCAGACUACUGUCAACGUCAUUACUGUGAUGUCGCACUCUACGAGCGCAUUAAACCCGGUCCUGUAUGGACUGACAGACAGUACAUUUCGUGCGUGCUAUACGGAGGCGAUACACAGUCGAUGUGUGUUUCAACACGAAGCGAGGAGACAUGCGAGCGUAACCACGCAGACGGAACAACCGAAUGGUUCCGUCCGAAUGGCGGACGAAGAAGAUUCGAGCGAACUGUAAUAGGAAAGAACGACGCUUAGCGUGCUAUGCACACGACUGGCAGAUAAUAUCGGCAAGUGCAUGUACGGAUACUAAUGUACAGAAGAAGUUGAGCUGGAGUUCUGAUACUGACCUUCCUUCCUAGGUGAUGUUCGAAGUUCAGCAUUUAGCUCAUCACUGCUUUCCAGAAGAGAUUUCCCCCAAAAUGAUUAUCUCUGCGAGCAUGGCGAACCCCCAAUUAAUUAUGGAAUUAGUGUCAAAUGUUCCAUAUACAGUACAUGGUGGAAUCUGAACAUGCACUUAUCGCAAUUUCCAGCUUCUCGUGGUUCGAUUCGUCAUUAUAUGAAUCUCUAUUCCUUUGGCAACACAACGUUGCAUGGGGUUUAAAGGAAGGAGUGAUAACAGUCUUCCUCCGUUAUUAGGGAAACAAACAAAUUGACAAUACGACUUUGUAGCAAUUUGUCUGGUUUCAUCGACAAGUUGAACAUACUGUACGUAAUAACGAUUGAUAGUUGAAUUUCGGCGAAGUAUAUUUCCUAGAUCUAUGGUUGUCAACACCGGUCGUCGCGGCUGCUUCUGUCACUCUACCACAGUAUGUUUUCUCGAGCACUGUUGAUAUGUCUAUGUCUUAUCAGGUUUCUCUGAUCCGUGUAGUAGCCGAAUGUGGUCGUCAGAAUAUAGCUUAUAGUCAGUAAGCUUGUGUUGUGUAAUUCCUUUAUCAGCAUACGAGUGAGCCCCACCUGCUGGCUUACA